AUGUCGAAGCCCUUUCUGGGCAUGAACUUUUGCUGCACGGGCCUUGUAUCCGCACACCGGCAGCAGCUUGGCUCGCAGAUCACCGCCAUGGGCGGAACACUCCAUUCGGACUUGAUGAGCCUGGUGGACUACUUGGUUGUGGGCGGCCGCCGGACUGAAAAGUACAAGUACUCCGUGCGGUACCGGCACGACAUUGCGUUUGUGUCGCCUGAAGCUGUCGCCGAUCUCCACGCACGCUGGGUCGCCGGCGCAGAUAACGACUUGGACAUUCGCCGCCACUUGCUCCCCGUUUUCAGCGGCUUCACGGUGUGUGUGGCCCGUGUGGACCGCCCGCUGCCGGAGCACCACACGCGCUUGUUUGGCGAGCGGUUCCGCCAGCCGCCCGCGGGUGCCAUGCCGCCAGUCGUGCCGCAGGACCCGUUUCUGGCCACCGACUUGAUCGGCGCCAUGCAAGAAUUGGGCGCCGACGUCAGCGCCACGCUCACCUCCGACUGUGCCGUGUUGGUGGGCACCGCCGCCGAGGGCAAGCGCUACCGCAUGGCGCUUGAGUGGCACGUGCCCGUGGUGCACCCCAUGUGGGUCUACGACUCGUGCCUCCGUGGCGCCGCGCUCCAUUUGGACGACUAUGAAUUGACGCCCGGUGCACCCAACCUCUACAGCAGCACGCUGUUUGCGUGGAAGAGCCUCUACUUAACGCGCCUCCGGCCCGAGCGUGUACUGGUUGCAGUUGUGGAGAAGCGCGAGCGACCCGUGUUGAAAAAAACCUCCGACGUCUGGACGUCUAUCAUGAGCAGCACACAUGUCCCAGUGGCCAAGCAGGUGCAGGGCAGUAGCUCGUGGGCCGAGGCGCUGGCGCUCGGCUCGGGCGCUGACCCUGAGUCGGGGGCUGGUCUAGAACCGGCAGUUGACUCUAGCGCCAGGGCUGCUUCUGAGACGCACACGGGCACUGGCUCCGAUGCCGACCCCGGGCCGCAGCUCUUCCGUGGACUCACGUUCCUUCCCGUCGGCCUCUCUGUGCCCGAGCAGAAUCUCCUCCGCCGGGUUGUGGAGUCCCACCGGGGCGCGGUCGCCACCGCCUCCGACGACGUGACAAUCUCCCAUAUCUUGUUGCGCGUGCGCGACGGUCCACAGGCCCAUCUCAUGCUUCUGAUGCUUCCGCGCGCCACGGUACGGCGUGUCAGCGCCAAGCAGAUCGCCGUGGUCACCGACUGGUUUGUUGAGCGCAGCGUGUACUACAAUGCUCUCCGCCAGGACGCAUGGUGCCGUCCCAUGCCAGGCCUUGUGCCGCUGCUCCGGCGGUUCAAGGUCUGCGUGUCCGGCUUCACGGGUGUGGAGCUCCUCCAUAUUGAGAAGUUGGUUGGCCUUCUCAACCUCGAGUUCUGCGAUGUGUUUUCCUCCAAGCGUGACCUACUUGUUGUCAACAUCAACGUUUUCCGUAAAACCUUAACCGCCGCUAGCCCGGCGCUCUUCGACUACGCGCCCACCGAGCUCUUGGAUUGCCCUGUCUACACCAACGGCGAUGACUCGCGCUCGGUGUCGGCGAUGUCGACCCGCAACAAGAUCAAUGCCGCCAAGAAAUGGAACAUCCCAGUUGUGUCAGCGGCGUACCUAUGGGAGAUGGUUCAAAUCCUGGGUGACCAGCCCAACUUGAAGCUCCCCGAAAUCUCCGACCGCGCAUGGUGUAUCUUUGCGCCGAACAAAAGUGGCAAAUUCUCGUCGCUAAUAGACUUUGCCAGUGGCACGGGACACAAGCAGGGGGGAGACGUCCUGGCAUGCGACGAGGAACCUCUGGACGUGCGCGUACAGCUCCCGUCACCGCGCAAGUCAAAAGACAAGCACAGGUACGGCAGGUUGGUGGGGGGCGGAGAAUCCCUCACUGACAAGAUCCUUCGGUCGAAGGAGGGCGAUGCGCUUGAGGACCGUGAUGGGGAUGGCGAGGCCGAUAUCAGCAUCAAUGACGAAAACCUCACCCAGGUCGGCUACGGCAGUGCGGGCUCCAAUAUGGGCGAAAACGAUCUUUGGAAGAAGGUCGAAGAUUUGCACGAGAGGCUUCCGAAAAGGAGAAGAACCCGAGGCUGA